GUUAGAUGAUUGCCUACAGCAGUAUGUCCACAAGUUUGAACGGGAGAAGAUAAAUGGAGAGCAGCUGCUGCAGAUUUCCCAUCAGGAUCUUGAGGAGCUGGGGGUCACGCGAAUUGGACACCAGGAACUUGUGUUGGAGGCUGUCGAUCUUCUCUGUGCGCUGAAUUAUGGCCUGGAAACUGAUAAUAUGAAGAACUUAGUUCUGAAACUGCGAGCAUCUUCCCACAACUUACAAAAUUACAUAAGUAGCCGGAGGAAAAGUCCGGCUUAUGAUGGAAACACUUCCCACAAGCCCCCCAAUGAGUUCCUGACUUCUGUGGUGGAGCUAAUAGGUGCUGCUAAGGCCUUGUUGGCUUGGCUGGACCGGGCUCCAUUUACAGGGAUCACAGAUUUCUCAGUAACGAAGAACAAAAUCAUUCAGCUUUGCCUGGACCUGACAACUACCGUCCAGAAGGAUUGCCUUGUAGCAGAAAUGGAGGAUAAAGUUUUAACCGUAGUCAAGGUUUUAAAUGGUAUCUGUGACAAAACAAUACGAUCUACUACGGAUCCUGUUAUGAGCCAGUGUGCGUGUCUGGAGGAGGUUCACUUGCCGGACGUUAAACCUGGGGAAGGCCUGGGCAUGUACAUCAAAUCAACCUAUGAUGGAUUGCACGUGAUUACUGGAACCACAGAGAACUCUCCUGCAGAUAGAUCUCAGAAGAUUCAUGCUGGUGAUGAAGUCAUUCAGGUUAAUCAGCAAACUGUGGUGGGAUGGCAACUAAAAAAUCUGGUGAGAAAAUUAAGAGAGAAUCCUACAGGAGUCGUAUUACUGCUUAAGAAGCGCCCCACGGGUUCUUUCAACUUUACCCCUGCUCCCCUGAAAAACCUCCGGUGGAGACCGCCCCUGGUGCAGACCUCACCUCCACCCACGACAACCCAGUCCCCUGAAAGCACUAUGGAUACCUCGCUGAAGAAGGAGAAGCCAGCCAUCCUGGAUCUUUAUAUCCCUCCUCCACCAGCCGUUCCCUACUCCCCCCGGAAUGAGAACGGGAGUUUUCUUUAUGGAGGCCUCAGUAAAUGUAAACAGCCAUUGCCUGGUCCUAAGGGUUCCGAGUCGCCAAAUUCCUUCCUGGACCAGGAGAGCCGAAGACGGAGAUUUACCAUUGCUGAUUCUGAUCAGUUGCCUGGGUAUUCGGUGGAAACCAAUAUUCUGCCCACAAAAAUGAGAGAGAAAACACCAUCUUAUGGCAAGCCCCGGCCUUUGUCCAUGCCUGCGGAUGGGAGCUGGAUGGGGAUAGUGGACCCUUUUGCCAGACCUCGAGGUCAUGGGAGAAAGGGUGAGGACGCCCUCUGCCGGUAUUUCAGUAAUGAGCGGAUCCCUCCCAUCAUCGAAGAAAGCUCCUCUCCCCCGUACCGGUUCUCACGGCCCCCAGCGGAGAGGCAGCUGGUCCGCGGCGCAGACUACGUCCGGGGGAGCAGGUGCUACAUCAGUUCGGAUCUCCACAGCAGCGCCACGAUUCCGUUCCAGGAGGAAGGGGCCCGAAAGAAGCCGGUCUCCUCGGCGGCCAAGUCCUCCUCUACAGAACCGUCCCUGCUGGUCAGCUGGUUUACUCGCCUCAAACUGUUGACUCACUGAGCCCCGCCCUCCCGGGACUCUUCCCCGUCUCCCGCUCGCAAGUGCCUUGCUUCCUCAGUUGACAACCUGUUCUGGUUUUCAUCCACAGUAUUAUGUAGUGACCUUAUGCAAUUUCAUUGUUUGUUUUCUUUUGGAAGUCGUAGACUGCCCUUCUCGGCAUUUUGAAGUAAUUGGAUGGGAACAAAUCCGGAGGAUCUUAGGUGUUGCCUUGUGGAGGCCGAAGGAGAGAAAUGAGUCCGCUUUUCUUGCUUCCUUAUGGUCGGAACACGGAGACACGCUGUAAACUGGGGCCUGGACCAGGAAUGUUGUGGCCAUGAUGAGGAACUGGGCCAUCGUUGGUGCUGGGGGUGGGGCUGAAGUUGGUGUCCAUUGUCACAGAGAUGUGUUGGUUUGUGGUCCAGCUUCUUCACCUGAAAGAGCCAGUGGGGAAAACAUUUUUGUUUUGAUUUUUCAAGCUACAUACCAUAUUUGUAAGUGUAGCAGCUUUGACUUUGAAAUAACAUGUGGCAUGCAUUUCAUGCUGUUUCAAAGAAGUGGUUUAAGUAAGUGUAGGCCUGUUACACUUGGCUAUUCCCUUUUCGUAACAAUCUCAGUAUGUAGGUCAGUUAAUACAGAAACACAUGAACACAUUUAGAUAGGGCUUAUUACACACAGUGAAGUUUAUGGUUAUUUGUGAGGGGUGUCGUUGUUAUAUAUUAUUGUCUUUAAGGGAAAAGAAGCUAUAAGAUUUGCUGACAGCCAAAGUAUCAUUCAGAACAAUGAAGCAACAAUAUUUAGGUUUACGAGAGAUACAUCAGUUUGCAUUUUGACUGUGUAACGUCUGUCUUCCAGAAAAAAACAAAACAAAACAGGCAGUUCUUCAAAAUUGUAUAUAUUUUGCUAAAUAGAAAUCUCUUGGAAAGUCUCAUGGUCACUAAUUUUCAACUAGCAUCAGGUAUUUUGGAAAAGUGUGUCAGGAUAUUAACUCUUGUUAAAACUGAAUGUAUGAUAUUUUGUUAGAACAGAAAAGUACUAUCUUGUUAAUUUAAGUGUUUUAAAUAUAGUUGUAUAUUUUUCUUACUCGUAGUCACAUGUAACUGGAAUACUUCUGUUUUGUGUCCUACGUGAAGCUAAUGAAAACGAGUGGUUCAAGGUGUUUUCUGAUUUACAAGUGACCACCACGGCCGCUGCCACUGUGGGCCCUAUUGUUAAAAAACAAAAUAAACCCUCCCAAGCAUUUUGGGAUGUUAUGGAUCAGAA